AUGUCUGGAAGGAUUUCGUCAGCCGAGAAGGAACAGUACAUCUACGCGCUCCGAACUCAUCAAGUCAACACAUUAGUAGAACUUCGACGUAUUGAGAAGGCGUUUGCUGUGCUGGGUACUCCCGAUGUUAGCGAGCCUAUGACAGCAGCCUGUAAAUAUACAUGA